UUUCGAUAUCAGUUCCAAAUAUAGAACUGGAAUUCUAUGAUUAAAUUAAUUAUUCAAUCAAUACCAUCAAUUGUUAUUAAUCGUUUCAAUAAUAGUGUUUGAAAAUUUGUUGGCCCUUUUUCUCUUCGUAAUUUCGAACUUUGGACCGUGUUCUAGAGCACGUGGUGAUGCAAUCGUCAACUGUGCGAUAAUAUAAUGACGCGAGUCUAUUCCAACAUUCUGAAGUCCGAAAUCAGCGUGCGUGUGCAGUUAUUAAGUUCUUUUCAAUUAUGACAGGGAGUGAUUUAGCAUUUUUUUACAAUUGAGUUUCGCAAAUGAUCAUUUAUUUUGUUAAUUAUUGAAUAAUCGAAUAUUCUUUCCCGACGAGUUGCUUAUUCUAUAUUUGAGGUUAAGUGCAACUCUUAUGUUUACGUAAAUUGUGCCUUGAUGAGUCGAAAAACUAUACAAUGUUUGUUAAUUUAACUAUUCCACGACGAUUGUCAACCGUUACGCGAAUUUUGGAUCGAUCCAGGCCACUCGAUCUUGGAUUUACAUCUUUUACACGAUGCAAAUCCGAUGAUUUAGUCGUCACGAUUAAUGAUGUAUCGAAGAAAAUAAAACCGGCGAAAAAUCCUGAGUACGUGCCACGAAAAUACUUCCUGAAAAAGCAGAGUCAAGAAACGUUGGGACACCUUCGAUGGAUGCUUCAAAAAGAUCUACUGGGCCAAGACAUUUUUCUGAUGGGUUCCCCGGGACCGCGACGACGAAACCUCGCGAUGGCCUAUCUCGAGCUGACUGGCCGAGAGGUAGAGUUCAUAGCCCUGUCUCGCGACACGACGGAAGCCGAUCUCAAACAAAGACGCGAAAUCCAAAGUGGCACUGCAACUUAUCACGACCAGAGUGCUGUCAGAGCUGCCAAAAACGGGCGCGUUCUUAUUCUCGAAGGCGUUGAAAAAGCCGAGAGAAAUGUUCUACCGAUACUGAAUAAUUUAUUGGAAAAUCGUGAGAUGCACCUGGAGGACGGACGGUUCCUUGUACCGUCCGAGCGCUACGAUAAAUUAUUGGAGGAGCACAGCCAAGCUGACUUGGAUUCCUGGGGCUUGAUUCGAGUGAACGAAGAAUUUCGCGUGAUCGCGUUGGGCUUGCCAUCGUCACGUUACCCCGGUCAUCCAUUGGAUCCUCCUUUACGAUCGCGAUUCCAGUCCCGACACGUGUCAGCACCAACUUUUCAAGAACAACUAGAAAGUUUGAAAAAUUUAGCACCGAGUGUGGAUUCUGCAAAGUUGUCUCAACUUCUUUCCUGCUGCCAUGCACUCGUGUCCCCCGAAGCUGUCGAUCUUGGACUUCCUGAUUUUCCACUGGAGAAUCUUUCGAACGGAGCUCUGAUAUUGGAAAAAUUCCCCAGUUUGCCAGCUCUCGACGUAUUCUAUCGAUUUUAUCCAUACAAGUUAUUUUUGGGCAAAGAAGGCAGAGAUGCUGUGGAGAGUGUUCUCAAGACCUUUGCCAUUCUGGAGGCACCCCAAAAUCGCAGAGAAUUCUCUGGCAAAAUAUUGGGCAUCGAUAAAAAUGAAAAUUCAAGUACAGCUACGUUGCAUCGUGAUGGAGAACAAAGUACUUUUGAUAUUCCCAGUGGUUCAGGAGCACACUCAGACGUCGAGAAUCUCGAAUACGUUGAAACGAAUUAUCAGAACAGUCUCAUAUCUGAUCUGAUGAUUUCUCAUUCGGCAAUGGAUUUUUGUAUCAUUGGACCAAAAGGCUGUGGGAAAUCGACGGUUGUCAAAAAGUUGGCAAAUUUAUUAGAAUACGAGAUAGAACCGAUCGUUCUCUAUCAGGACAUGACGUCUCGAGAUUUAAUUCAACAAAGAACAACACUGCCGACAGGAGACACCGUUUGGAAGGAUUCGCCACUCGUUGUAGCAGCUGUUAGUGGCAAAAUGGCUAUUUUGGAUGGAAUUCAUAGAUUACACACGAGCACUUUAGCCAUUAUUAACAGGUUGGUUCAAGAUCGAGAGCUGCAGUUACACGACGGCAAGAGAAUAAUGCGACACGAUCGUUACGACGAAAUAAAAGCAGAGGGCAAUAAAUCAGACGAAGAGAUGAAGAAUUCAGGACUAUUGCGCAUGCAUCCGUCGUUCAGGCUCGUCGCCAUCGCGGAACCUCCUGUCAUGAACAGUUCUUCCGGCCAGUGGCUCAAUUCCGAAAUUCUAAGCUUAUUCAACUUCCACGCCAUGCGACCUUUGGACAGAGCUGAAGAAUUGCACAUUAUACGAUCGAAAUACGGAGAACCAAGCAGAGCGGUGACCAAAAUAAUCGACUUGGCCCACAAUUUGCGAUCAUCGUCAGACCCGACUCUCCAAUCUCUUGCGGGAUUCUUCAGUACCCGUCAAUUAUUGAGGAUAGCAGCUCGCAUGAAUAAAUUCCCAAACGAUGACGUUUACGAAGCUGUGCAACGAGCUUGUCUGGGCAGAUUUUUGCCAGCAUUGCCUAGACAAGCAUUGGAGGAAACUCUCAAGCGUUUGGACGUGCAAGUUGCAUCAUCAAAACGCACGAAGGAAGAAAAAAUAAAUUGUCUGAUUGACGAGGAAAGCGUGACGAUUGGGAACACAAAAAUUGAACGUUACAAAACUCGAGCGAUGACCAAAGUUCCUGAUAUUUUGUUCUACGACGUGCCACAACAUUUGGCUCUGCUGGAAAUUCUCAUGCAAGAUUUUGUACUCGGCCAAAAUAUUCUUCUCGUUGGUAACCAAGGAGUCGGGAAGAACAAAAUCGUCGAUCGGUUGUUGCAGCUUAUGAAUCGUCCCAGAGAAUAUAUUCAAUUGCACAGAGACACGACUGUUCAAACGUUAACGCUACAGCCAAUGAUUCGAGACGGUGUUGUCGUUUAUGAGGAUUCACCGCUCGUUGCGGCCGUUCGUCAAGGACACGUUCUCGUUAUCGACGAAGCUGACAAAGCACCGACUCACGUAACUUGCGUUUUGAAGACGUUAGCAGAAAACGGUGAAAUGAUCCUCUCCGAUGGACGUCGUAUAAUUCCGGCUGGGCGUGAAAAUCAAAACGAUUCGAUGAUACCAAUUCACCCCGAUUUUCGAAUGAUCGUCCUCGCCAAUCGACCAGGUUUCCCAUUUUUGGGUAACGAUUUUUUCGGCGCUCUCGGCGAUUUGUUCAGCACUCAUUCCGUCGAUAAUCCGGACUUCAAUAACGAGAUUGAGCUCUUGAAGCAAUACGGUCCGAAUGUGGAUGAGAAUAUUGUUCAGAAACUGGUCAAGGCUUUUGGAGAACUGAGAAGUAUGGCUGACCAAGGACUCGUCUCUUAUCCCUACUCGACACGAGAAGUUGUGAAUAUCGUAAAGCACUUGCAGAAAUUUCCUGAUGAACCAUUGGCCAAAGUAGUUCAGAACGUUUUCGACUUCGAUAGAUAUUCACCCGAGAUAUUUGAGACUCUCGUGACGGUUCUCCACAAGUACGGAAUCCCGAUAGGCACAACGUCUAAGAAUGUCACGCUAGCGAAAGAAUUUCGAUUGCCGAAAGUAACAUUGGCUGAAACGUGGAAUGUUUCAUCGAGAGGAAAAGCUUUACCGGUCCAAGAGAAAUUCAUCAAACUUUCGUCCCCGAGUUAUCCGUCCCGGAGUAAUCGAAUAAUGGAUAAAGUCGAGGCUCGCUCGAGUUGGUUUACCGAAUUGCAAAAUUAUUGGUACAUUCCCUUGGGCGAAGCAUCCAGUAUCGGUGCCGUCGCUGUGUCCAAAGGCCUUAAAGGAGAUGCGACCGAUGAUAGAAUCCACGUACUCGCUACAAAUCCGACCAGUAUUUUUAGCAUGACUUCGCAGUCCGAAGAAAUUCAAGAGAUCUCGAUCAAUGGUCAUUUUAACCCGAUGAGAGGAAUCUAUCCCAAGUACACAAUGGCUACCGAUAAGUCUGACAAUCUUCUAGUUCACGAAGGAACGUCGAAUGGAAGUUUGUUGAUAAAUCUGGAGAGUGGCUCCGUGCAAUCGAUUCAGACUUCUUCGUUGCUCUCUUCGGCCAGCGAAAAGUGGUCCCAAACCUUUGGGAACAGGUCAACAUUCUGGCGAAUGUCCGGAGAUUUAUUGAGAUCGGACAAUUUGGUUAUUUUCUACACUUACAACGAGGAUAGAAUUGAAGCAACUAACAUGGAAACUUUGACCUCUUAUUCCAUGACAUUGCCAUGUAAGAUUGAGUCGCUCCUCGUCCCGUCGAGCGACAAAUGGUUGAUUCAGGACACCUCGAAGAACCUUUAUGUUCUUCAAAAAUCUGGGGAGAACGACCCAUGUCCGAAUAUUUUGAAAGAGAUUGCUCGAGUCUCAGUAAAUAAAUCGCCAAAUAUUGGUCGCCUCACCGGAAGUUCCAAUUCCAAUAUGGACGACGCCUUGCUCGGCAAAGCUUUGAACGAACAAAUUAGUUCACCCAAUAGAAUUCUCGCAAGUGAUUCGACUUACGCGAGUCUCGCCAUUGGUUUCCCCGAACUCGAGGGAUCUAACGAAAUUUAUACUUGGCCAAGAAACGAACGAGUUUCUGCCUCGAAUCCCCCUCUAAUUACGGAACAAGGACAAGUCAUAAGGACUUUACCAUCCAAUAAAGUUCCGGAAGAGGUUAUUCCGGGUGACCCCAAAAGUCAACGGUUUUCUGGAUUUUUGGAGAUCGUUGAUCCUGUUAAUCAGACGAAUCGAUAUUUGGCAAUACCCGAACCAACGAACGUUCCGGUCGCGAGUCAUUGGAUGUACACGAAAGAGCUGCCCGUCCACGUUGCAACGACCUCGAACAACGGCCUCGUAACGGUGGAUGCCGGCGGUUGUCUUCGGAUGUGGGAAACAUCCCCUGCGAGCAUUCACCAGUCCCUCAAAGCUUGGCGAAAAAUGGUUGGCGACGAUGGUCAGUACCUUCAGGUGACGAAAGAGCGAGAUUCUGGUUUGGAUGUCAGUAGCCCGAAACAUGGAAAAGUCGACGAAAAGAACGAGCCACACGUUGGAGGGAAUACUUGGGCUGGAGGAACUGGAGGUCGAGAUACGGCUGGUCUCGGUGGGAAAGGUGGUCCUUACCGUUUGGACGCUGGUCACACGGUCCAUCAGCUGAGCGACGAAGAAAAAAAUCUGGUACCGGAGCACGUGAGGAAAGCUGCUCGAGAAAUGGGCCAAAGAGCUUUUAAACAGCGACUGAAAGACAUAAGGAUGAGCGAGUACGAUCACAAUGUGUACUCUCAAUUCCGCGACGCCGUUGCGAAACAAAUUCAGUCGCUACGAGUUAUUUUGGAUAGCCUCCAGGCUAAAAGUAAAGAGCGUCAAUGGUUGAAACAUCAGACCUCGGGUGAGCUCGACGACACAAAGUUGAUCGAAGGUCUCACAGGUGAGAAAACGAUUUAUCGGCGUCGAGCUGAGAAGGAACCGGAAUUGGGUGCUGCGCAAUUAAAGCCGAAGCGAUUGAAGCUCGUCGUCGAUGUAUCCGGAAGCAUGUACAGAUUCAACGGUUACGACGGUCGUUUGGAUCGCGAGAUGGAAGCUUGCGUCAUGGUGAUGGAGGCCUUCGCCGGGUAUGAAGCGAAAUUCCGGUACGAUAUCGUCGGUCACUCGGGCGACGACUGUCACAUUCCUUUCGUCGAUCAUGCUCAGCCUCCUGCUGAUAAUAAACAACGGCUCCAAGUUAUCAAGACGAUGCACGCUCAUUCCCAGUACUGCACGUCCGGCGACAAUACUCUCGAGGCGACGCAGCGUGCCAUUACGAGUCUUGCCAAAGAGGACAGUGACGAAUCGAUCGUCGUGGUUCUGUCCGAUGCGAAUCUCGAGCGUUACGGAAUUCCACCCUCGAAUUUUGCCAAAGUUUUGACUUCAAACGCGAACGUUAAUGCUUAUGCGAUUUUUAUAGGUUCCCUGGGCGAUCAGGCUAACAGGCUGAUCAAAAAGAUGCCUGCUGGUCGGGCUUUCGUCUGCAUGGACCUUAAAGAUAUUCCACGGAUUUUGCAACAAAUAUUCACGGCAUCGGUACUCAAUACGAGAUCAAACUGAUUUUACGGAAACGAACGACACUAUUUGAUUUCUGCUGUGAUGAUGUCAUUGUAACUAAUAACAAUAUCGUUGACAGAAUUUUUUUUUAUUCGAAAAUGAAAAUUUUUAAUUCUCAUAAACCGAUUGUUGCCACAUUACAA